AUGAUUAAAAAACGGAAAGUAAAAAUAGAUGGAACGGGGGGAAAGAGGAGAGUUCCAUUUGAAAAAGAUGCAGAACUUAAUGCACCUCUGAUGGAGGAAAGAAUAAAGGAAAAUACUAGCAGUGAAGAAGAAAAGAAAUUAUAUAAAUUAAAAACUUCCCAAAAUUUGAAAUUGCUACAAAAUAUAAGAUUAAAAAAGAAGGGAAUAAAUGCAGAAAAUUUGAAUUACGACACAAAAAUAACACAGGAUGAAGAAAAUGAAAAGAAGUUAUUAGAAAAACAUUUUACAAAAAAUAUUACCGAAAAGGAAAUUGAAGAAGCACAUAUAGAAAAUUUUAUAAAAAAAAAUAUGAAAGAGUAUUAUCAAGACACAAACACGAAAAAUUAUAAAAUAAAUAAUGAACAGGAUAGUAGUGAUAAUGGUGGAAAUAGUGAUUAUAAUUUGUCCAAAGAUUUGUACAAAAUAUCGGAUCAUUUGAAAGUAAAAAAUUCUGUUAAUAGUAAUCCGGAAAAGUUGAAUUGUAUUACUGGUAUUACUGAAGUACCUCUUCCCAUCCAAGUGAAACUAAAAAAUAUAGAAGAAACGGAAAAGUUGAAGAGGAAACUUUUGAAAAGGGCAAAAUUUCUCAACAUUUAA